AGAAGAACCAGGACCUCCACAGAUAAAAGAGGAACCAGAAGAACCAGGACCUCCACAGAUAAAAGAGGAACCAGAAGAACCAGGACCUCCACAGAUAAAAGAAGAACCAGGGCUUCUUCAAUUUCCAGAGGACCAGGAGGAACCAGGGCCUCCAGAGAUUGAGGAACACGAGGAUCUCGGUACCAGCCAGAUGGGAGCACUUCCUGUUGUGACGUUUGAAAGUGAAACCUUGAAGGUUCCUUCUGUUGAGGAGCAGAGUGACCUGAGUGAACCAGAAGAAGAACCAGACACUGAGCAGCUCCUCUCUCAGGACUCUGAAGUCCACCAUGAGAACAAACUGAUUGACUUUCCAGUUUCAGAGAAUCUGGCUGAAUGUGAGGAAACAUGUGGUGAACCUGUCCGUAAAAAACCAAAACUACGUCAGAAGGUGAGAACGGUCACUGAUAAGAAGAGAAGUUGUGACACAUGUGGAAAACGCUUCAGUCGAGAGAGUCAUUUGUUGCGCCACAUGAGGACUCACACAGGUGAGAAGCCGCACUCCUGUGAAACAUGUGGAAAAAGCUUCAGUCGACACAAUAAUUUGUUGGUCCACAUGAGGACUCACACAGGUGAGAAGCCGUUUUCUUGUGACACAUGUGAAAAAAGCUUCAGUCGACAGAGUUAUUUGUUGGUCCACAUGAGAUCUCACACAGGUGAGAAACCAUAUUCAUGUGAGACAUGUGGAAAAAGCUUCAGUCGACAGAAUCAUUUGUUGGUCCACAUGAGGACUCACACAGGUGAGAAGCCGUACUCUUGUGAAACCUGUGGGAAAAGUUUCAUUCAGCUUAGUACUUUAUUGCACCACAUGAGGACUCACACAGGUCAGAAGCCCUAUUCAUGUGAAACCUGUGGGAGAAGUUUCGUUGAACGGAGUUAUUUGUUGGUCCACAUGAGGACUCACACAGGUGAGAAGCCUUAUUCAUGUGAAACAUGUGGAAAAAGUUUCAGUGACCGGAGUUAUUUUUUGGUCCACAUGAGGAUUCACACAGGUGAGAAGCCGUAUUCUUGUGAAACAUGUGGGAUUGGAUUUACUCAUCGUCGUUCAUGGCUGCACCACCUGAAAAAUCACAAACAGAUGAAACCAUGAAAGACUCUCUUGGAGAGCUCAUUCAGGAAGUUCAGCUUGAUCCCCAAACCACAAGAGAGCAUUCAGUUUACAGGAAAUGUUCCACAUUCAAACACUGUUGAGACGAGAUCCACCUUCAGGAAUGUUUUUGUUUGUGGUCUGUCACAAAAAAUGUGUAAUUUCAAGAAAUGGAAAUAAAAUGUUGAC